AUCUUCUCUACAAAUGACAACGGCGGCUGAAAUAAUAACAGUGGAAAAAUUAAACGAUUUCGACUAUAAAGUGGCUCUCCAGCAGCAAAUGGUAGCUGCUCAAAAUGGAGCUGCCGCCGCUGUGCUCCGACCACAUCAAAUCGGAUCCUCUCCAGAGGCUCCACAAUCUCAAACAUCUGGAGGAUCAACGGAACAGCUGCAGCAGCAACCACUACCACCACCAACUCAACAGAAGCAACAGCAGCCACUGACGAUUGGACCAGUGGCUCCGAAUGAUCGCAGCACUAGCUCAAGUAGUACAGAUGGACCACGCCGCCUACACGUCUCGAAUAUCCCGUUCAAAUAUCGUGAGCCAGAUCUCACUGCGAUGUUUGAAAAAGUUGGGCCCGUCGUAGAUGUCGAGAUUAUCUUCAAUGAACGGGGUUCUAAGGGAUUUGGAUUCGUGACAAUGCAGAAUCCAGAUGAUGCGGAUCGUGCUCGAGCCGAGUUUAAUGGAACGACGAUUGAAGGGAGACGUGUUGAAGUGAAUCUUGCUACUCAGAGAGUUCACAAUAAAAAGGCCAAGCCUUUGAUGUCAGUUGGAGUGGACGCAAUGAGUGCUCAAAAUGCUCUGAUAUCCCAACAACAACAGAUUCAACGUGCUGCUCUUCUGCAACAGCAACUUCUUGCUCAACAAUUCCUUGUGCCACGUCAUCAACAACUCAUGAUGCCACCAACUUCUGCAGCAGCCAUCUCUCAACUGCAAGCUCUUCAAUAUCAACAGGCACUGCUCGCUGCUCAACAACAACAGCAACAAAUGCAGAAUCCUCAAUUCCUUUUAAGUCUUCAACAACAGCAACAGGCACAAGCACAGGCUCCACCGACAUCGAUGGCUCAGCUUAUUCAACAUCAACAACAGUUUGCAAUGGAUCCGAUGGCUCAGGCACAGGCACAAGCUGCUCAAGCACAAAUGGUCACGUUGAUUGCAUUUGAGCAACAGAGAAUGCAACUUCAAGCUGCUGCUGCCGCUGCUCAAGGUCGAGGUGUUCCUCAGCCAGGGCGCAUUCCAACAUCAACAGCCACCACCGGAUCAUCACAAAAUCAAGUCGCUGCAGGCUCAAUUGGAGAGCAAUACUUACAACAAUCAAUGCAAGGAGCAGUUCCAGCAAAUUUCCAUCAUCACUCACAGGCUCUGCAUCCAGCGGCUGCUGCUGCGGCUGCUCUUCAACGACGUUUUGCUCCAUAUUAAUUUUAUGUUUAUAUACUCACUGGAUUUUCGAAUAAUGUAAUUUUAAUUCUACACAAUUCUCGGAAUAAUCCAUCACAUUCCCCCAUUGCCCCAUCUGACGCAUAUUAAUUCAUGUGUAAUUUUACAUAUUUUCCCAGAACAUUUCCAGACAAAAAAUACAUUUUAAUCUCUAUUAAAAACUCUGAUGACCCCCAUCCCGUCCCCAAUUUGGCUUUAUUUGAUAUUCAUAAUAUUCUCACGGAACUCUGUGUAAUAAGUUGUUUUCUUACUAAUUUUUCUAACCUUUUGAAAUUGUAUGCUACGGAUUGUAAUUCAUCUUCCCUCCCUCUCUCACUCGAUGCAUCUCUUUUCUCAAUUUUUGGUGUUGCUUUAUCAAUUUUUCUCUACUUUUUCUGUGCAAUCUUCUUUUUUUUCUCGAACAAAAAUUGUUUUAAU